AUCUGGAUGAUAUUGUAAGUGACCCGACACUUAGAAAACAAAUUUAUGAGUUUCGUCCUGAAAUUCGAGACCAAGUUAGAAGAGCUUACAUUCAAAAAGGACCAACUCAACCUAUUCUGAAGUUUCCUUUGAAGCAAGUUGGAAAUAAUGCAAAGAAAAGAGCAUUUUCUAAAUCUUGGUAUAUAAAUUAUAAUUGGCUAGAAUACAGCGAGUCCAAAGAUUUAGCAUUUUGUUUCUAUUGCUUCCUUUUUAAAGAGCCAGGAAGGGCAGAAAUAUUUGGAUAUGAUGUGUUUAAUAAAACAGGAUUUAAUGAUUGGAAGCAUGCAUACAAAGCAUUACCUAAGCAUGUUGGUGGAGUGAGUAGUGCUCAUAAUAAGUGUGUUAAUUUGAUGAUUUUCAAAAUCAAAGACAAAGCAUCUCAAGUCAGCUUAGUCGUGCUACUGAAGAAGCAGAGGAAUUGUAUCGAAUCCGCUUGACUUCAUCUCUAGAAUGUUCAAAGUUUCUAAUUGCACAAGGCAUGGCUUUUCGUGGACAUGAUGAGUCUUCAACAUCUUUGAAUAGAGGUAAUUUUCUAGAGAUGAUAGAUUGGUACAAAGAUAAGAAUGAAAUUGUGAGGAAAGCUUUUAGUCGUGGUUCAAUGAAUUGCAAGAUGACUUCUCCUAAUAUUCAAAAAGAUAUUGCAAGAUGUUGUGCAGAAGAAAUUGUAGAUGUGAUCAUGGGAGAGAUUAAAGAUAGAAAAUUUUCUAUUCUUAUUGAUGAGUCACGGGACAUAUCUGUGAAAGAGCAAAUGGCAGUGAUGCUAAGGUAUGUUGAUGUUAAAGGGAAGGUCGUGGAACGAUUCCUUACUUUACACCAUGUCGUUGAUACGACAUAUGAAGCAUUAAAGGUAGCGUUAUUUGGAAUCCUUGAUAAGUAUAAUUUAUCCAUCUCUAGGAUACGUGGACAAGGAUAUGAUGGAGCUUCAAAUAUGAGGGGUGAAUUUAAUGGGCUACAAAAAAAGAUUUUAGAUGAAAAUCCACAUGCUUUUUAUGUCCAUUGUUUUGCCCAUCGGUUGCAGUUAGUCAUUGUUUCUGUUUCUAGCUGUUGCUCGGCUAUUCAUGAUUUCUUUGAGUAUGUCUCUUUAAUUGUGACCACAACAAGCGCUUCAUGCAAAAGAAGAGAUGCAUUAGUUGAAAGCCAUCAUAACAACAUUUUGCGACAACUUGAUUCCUUGGAGAUUGAAUCGGGUACAGGAAAACAUCAACAUACCAGUCUUGCUAGACCUGGGGACACUAGAUGGGGUUCACAUCACAUAACCCUUAUCCGAUUGGAGCUAAUGUGGGACUCAGUUACUGAGGUGCUUGAGAUGGUUGACAAAGAUAUUUGUGGUCCUUCUCCAGCUGCGGGGUUGCUUGAGAAAAUGGAGUCUUUUGAGUUUGUUUUCAUUAUGAAGCUUAUGCUAAAAUUGUUUGCUAUCACAAAUGAGCUUUCUCAUAUCUUACAAAGAAAAGAUAUAAAUAUAGUUCAUGCUAUGGAGCUAAUCCAAGAUGUGAAAGCUCAAUUAGCCACAUUGAGGGAGAGUGGUUGGGAUGAAGUGUUUGAUGAGGCUAAGAUAUAUUGUGAGCAAAAGAAUAUUUCGGUGCCAAAUAUGAUGGAUGAAAUACCAAUCAGAGGUCGUGCGAAGCGCCGAAAUGAAACUACUACUUUCCUUCAUCAUUAUCGUGUCGGGAUUUUCUUUGUUGUUCUUGAUAAAAUAUGUGUUGAGAUGAAUAAUCGAUUUGGAGAAUCCACUAUUGAGAUAUUGACAUGUUUCUCAUGUCUUGAUCCAAAGAAUAACUUCUCCAGGUUUGAUAUAGAUAGCCUUGUUCGAGGUGCUCAGAUUUAUGAUGCUGAUUUCUCUACUAGUGACUUUGCACAAAUUAGACAACAACUUCAGACUUAUAUUCUUCAAGUAAGAAGGCAUGUUGCAUUCUCUACUUGCACUGAUAUUGCUAGUUUGGCUUCUAAGAUGGUUGAGACAGAGAAACAUAAGGUCUUUCCAUUGGUUUAUAGACUUAUUGAAUUGGCAUUAAUAUUACCGGUGUCCACAGCAUCUGUUGAAAGGGCAUUUUCGGCAAUGAAAAUUAUCAAGACUAAUUUACGAAACAAGAUGGCUGAUGAGUGGUUCAAUCAUUUGAUGGCGUGCUAUAUCGAGCGGGAAAUAUUCAAAGAACUUGAUGACUCUACCAUAUUGCGACGGUUUCAAGGCAUGAAGACUAGAAAGAUGAAUUUGCCUCGUUCUCUAUCAUCUUGAGGUGCUACAAAGGCAACCGUUAGUUCGAGGCCACUGCAAGGUAAUAUGGAGUUAGUGGCUACAAUGUCUGCUUAAGUUUCUUUGUCGUUCCAAGUUUAGUGACAAACUGACAAUGGUGUAGCAACUGGCUUGUGCUGCGACAAGUAUUUCGUUUUUGCCUACAUGUAUGGUCUAGUCUUUGUUUGCACUGGUGGAUUUGCAGAGAUGUUAUCAUUCAACAAUGUUCUGUGGUCAGUUGC